UUAUGAGUGGCACCUGACUGCAGUGUAGCUGUUUAGUUACUGAGUAGCUUUUAAUGAGAGUGCUUUACAAGUUACUUAGUUCACAUGUAAUGUGUGAGUGGGUUUCUCAUGUCAGUGGAAAGAGGACACCUAAAACUAAACACUUUGGACAGAAUUUUACCUACAGCUAAAUCGCAGGAGAAGAGUGGCCUUUGAUCUGAAGGAUAUCCUGCCUCCGCAAGAAUAUUUCUGUUUUAGUCCCUUUUACAAGAUAGAAAAGCUGAAUCCAGUUGAAUGCCACAACGAUGGAUGAUUCGAGUGCAGAAACAGUACUAAGUGUGAGUGCAAACAGCAUCAGAAUCACUGACGUCACUCAGGAUGGAGAUGUUCUGACGUUUGCAAUCACGUCCCAGAAACUAAACAGCAGUGCUGGGGUGUGUGUUUUCCGAACAUAUGAGGACUUUGACUGGCUUCAGCAGAGUUUUUUCUCACAAGAAAAUGUUCCUGGACUUCAGGGAAUUAUAUUUCCACCUUUGCCCUCAAAAGCAUUUCCAUUGCAGUCAAGCACACAGGCCAAAGCACUCAAACAACUUGGGUUUCUGGCUCUAGGACAGAAUUGGCAGAGUUAUUGUAAGGCUUUGGAGUUUUAUCUCCAGCAGGCGGCGACACAUCCUUCUCUCUGCAAGUGCAAAGCGCUGGACGGCUUUCUUACAAACUCUGAGUCUCCUGGAAAACAGCGAGGCAAGAAAGGAAUUUUUAACCGCCUCAGUCAGGCUGUGGAGGAGAUGAGGAAAGAAAGUCAUAAGGAUGUUGACAACUUCUUUCAGAAUGAGAGAAAUAAAAACACAAAUCUGGCUGCUUCGUCAAAGCUUGCCACAGAGAAGUUACUGGACGUUGUGAUGACAGAGCAAAAGCUUGCUUUGGCCUGUGGUCAUUUCUCCACAUCUCUUCAUCUUUGUGUGAAUCAGGAUGACGCAGCUGCUGUAGCUUUCUCCAAGGUUUGUUUGAAACUGUCAGAUAUCAUUGAGGCUGUAAAGAGAAACUUUGAGAAAGUUGCCAGCAACAACCUCUCGACACUUGGUUUGGGUCUGGACCUGGAGUCUCGCUACCAAGAGGCAGAGAAAGAGAUGCUCUUCAGACGAACCUGUAAACUGAUCGAGCUAGAAACUGUCAAGAAGAGUACGGAAAAGGCCAAACCCCAUAAGAGGGAAGUGAUGGAGGCGUUUCAAAAAGCCGUUGAGAAAGAGUUCAGCCUGAUCUCAUCUGUGGCCAAACAAGAGAUUGAGCGUUUCCAAGCCUCCAGAGUGAAUGUGCUGAGGAGCUUCCUGAUUGGCUGGUGUGAACAACAGCUCGACACGGCAAAGGAGUGCGCUCAACUCUACUCUCAGCAUCUGGAAGCUUUCAAGAACAUGUACUCCAAGUAAAUGCCACACAAACAGGCUGUAGAUAAUAGGAAUUUGCCUGAUGUUACCUAAUUGUUGCAGGAAUAAAAAGGAGAACGUCAUAAAGCAACAAAAGUGA